UUCAUCUUCCCGGCAGUCUAGGGUUUUGAAGUACGAACGGGGUUUUUUUCUUUUCUCAAAGUUCAAUCUUUCCAAGGUAUGCCCUUCAAUUCAACAUAAUCAUUCCCAAUUAAUGAAUUCUUGUAAACCAUAAAUCAAAUGGCUUUCUCAUUUACUCCGCAACCGCAACCGCAACAACAAUCCCCAUUCCAACCCUCGCCAUUUUCCCAAACCACUCCAUUUCAACAGCCGCAUCAAUUUCAAUUCCAACCCCAGCAGCCACAAUUGCAACAGCAACAGACGCAGCAUCCUCAGCAGCUUUAUCUUUUAACUAGCGAUAAAAGUCCCGCUACUUAUAGCACCAAAUGGGAUGACCUCCACCCUGACUCGCGAAAACUCCUCCUGCAAAUUGAGGAGAAAAUAUUGGAGUACAGGGAUGAGAGCCAGAGAUUGGAUCAGUGCAGUCGUCUUUAUGAUUCUUCGGUUUCUAGCCAAGGAUUUGAGCUUGAUGCCAGCCAGAUUGUUCAGGACCUUGGUGGAAUCAAUAUGUCAAUGGAAAGACAGAAAGCAAUAUUGCAAGAGCUAAUGACUGUUGUCAAAGAUAUGUUAAAAAAUGCCGAGGUUGCUGUUCGUUCAUACAUGAUGUUGCGACCAAGGUUUCUUCAGCAAAACAAAGCUGCUGCAGCAAGUGCUACCACACCAUCCCAGACAUCAGGAGCAACAGUAGGUCUGACAUCCAGUAAUCCACCCCCAACUAAUUCUAUGAUGCCAGUGUUUGAUUUUUAUAGUGGUAUCCCGAAGAAACCAUCACCAUUUUUGCAACAGACUAUUGCCAGAUUUGAGAAGUUUCUCUCUGAUUGUCGCCAGUGGAUUGAAGACUUAGAACAGUUGAUUAUCUUAGAUUCUGACAAGAACUCUUUCAAUUCAAGUUCAUCCUUGUUGCAGUCUCUACCCAAAGUAAUGAAAAAUGUACAUGACUUUUUUGUUCAUGUUGCAGCAAAGGUGGAGAGCAUCCAUCAGCACAUUGAAUCCAUGAAAACUACGUACCUUGCUGACCAACGCUGUCGUGGGGAUGGGAACGAUCCAUUUCUUGAGGCUGAUCGGCGGGAAACAGCCAAACAAGAGGCUGCUGCUCGAAGAGUGCACCCAACUCUACAUUUGCCGGCAGUUUGCCAACCAUCAACUCAAGUGGCUGGGCUGCUUACCAGCUCCGCUGCAACUGGGACAUCAACUACACCCAUAUCAGCUUCAUCUGGAAGUGGAACCUCACUCUUUGCUACACCAUCUGCUGUCACAUCACUUUCUCUGUUUUCCACUCCUACCACAUCUGCUCCUGUCUCCUCUUUGUUUGCAUCUUCUGGUGUAACCCCUCAGACUUCACCUCUUGGUUCAUUGUCUGUUUCCACCUCAGCUUUUGGCACUUCAGCUCCAUUAUUUAGCUCAACUCCUUCUGGACCCUCAACCUCUUCAACUCCUUUUGCUACAGGAGCUGCAACAGGCUCAGGAGCGAGCUUUGGGACUAUUUCAAAGGCAAGAGCUAAAAGUCGCACUGGCCGUCGGUAGUCAGCUUCUUAUCAGUUCAUCAAAAUGGUGGCAAAAUUUUGUUUGAUUUGCUUUCAACUUCUAAUGAGAACCAGAUAUUGCAAUGGAUUCUUAUGGCCCUAGGAUAUCACGUGCUCCUGUAGUUUCUGGGCUACCGAUAUUUUCAUUGAGUUGUAAAUUACCUGACUAAAGUCAAAUUUCAGUUUUGAUUCUUAGUGCUACCAAUUUGCUGCUUGAAAGCAAUGCCAUUGUAACAAUGUGAAGUUGGAUCUUUGUAAUUUUUGCAGCCAGAGUAACUAGAAAACUUCUGUA